UCCCGUUACCGCUGCUGCCUGUCCACUUCAUGGUUCCGGGGACUGAGACCGGGCAUAUUCAUUCUACGGUUAUUUCUUCCAAUCCCAGAUAUCUUCUGGGUCAGUCCGGAGUCCGCCUGCUUGUUACCUGUUAGAGGAGCUAAAGAGACAAGAUGGACAUCCGAGGUGCUGUUGAUGCUGCUGUCCCAACAAAUAUUAUUGCGGCCAAGGCUGCAGAGGUUCGUGCCAACAAGGUGUACUGGCAGUCUUAUCUUCAGGGUCAGAUGAUUUCUGGAGAAGACUGUGAAUUUAUUUUAAGGUUUGAAAAAUCCCUUGCUGAAGAGAAGAAAGCAAUCCUAACAAAUGAAAGCAAUCAGUGUGCUAAAACCUUCAUUAACUUGAUGACCCACAUUUCAAAGGAGCAGACAGUGCAGUACAUUUUAACCAUGGUGGAUGACAUGCUCCAGGAAAAUCAUCAGCGUGUUAGCAUAUUUUUUGACUAUGCUCGCCGUGGGAAAAACACUGCCUGGUCUUACUUUUUACCAAUGCUGAAUCGUCAGGACUUGUUCACAGUUCACAUGGCUGCACGUAUAAUUGCUAAAUUGGCUGCUUGGGGGAGAGAACUGAUGGAAGGCAGUGAUUUGAAUUACUACUUCAACUGGAUUAAAACUCAGCUGAGUUCACAGAAAUUACGAGCAAGUGGAACUGCCAUGGAAACAGGAACCGUCUCUCCAAGUGAUAGUUCCCAGUAUGUUCAGUGUGUCGCAGGAUGCCUUCAACUGAUGCUUAGGGUUAAUGAGUACCGUUUUGCGUGGGUGGAAGCAGAUGGUGUCAACUGCAUUAUGUCUGUAUUGAGUAACAAAUGUGGAUUCCAGCUUCAGUAUCAAAUGAUAUUUUCUAUCUGGUUGCUCGCAUUCAGCCCACAAAUGUGCGAGUAUUUACGAAGGUACAACAUUGUGCCAGUGCUCUCUGAUAUCCUUCAGGAAUCGGUCAAAGAGAAAGUAACACGUAUUAUUCUGGCAGCUUUCAAGAAUCUGCUGGAAAAUUCCACUGAGAGAGAAACUCGACAAGAAUAUGCAUUGGCAAUGAUCCAAUGCAAAGUGCUGAAGCAGCUUGAGAACCUGGAACAGCAGAAGUAUGAUGAUGUAGACAUUUCUGAAGAUAUCAAAUUCCUCUUGGAGAAACUAGGAGAAAGUGUGCAAGAUUUGAGCUCAUUUGAUGAGUACAGUUCUGAGCUGAAGUCGGGAAGACUGGAAUGGAGCCCAGUUCACAAAUCUGAGAAAUUCUGGAGAGAGAAUGCGGCAAGAUUAAAUGAGAAGAACUACGAGCUCUUAAAAAUCCUAACAAAACUUUUGGAAGUCUCUGAUGACCCUCAAGUUCUUGCCGUGGCUGCCCAUGACGUAGGAGAGUAUGUACGACACUACCCCAGAGGAAAAAGGGUGAUUGAGCAGUUGGGUGGGAAGCAACUGGUAAUGAACCACAUGCAUCAUGAAGACCAACAGGUCCGAUACAAUGCUUUGCUGGCUGUGCAGAAACUGAUGGUCCAUAACUGGGAAUAUCUUGGAAAACAGCUGCAAUCGGAACAACCACCAGCAGUGACUGCAAGGAGCUAACUGCAUCACGAAUGCCCAGUGGGUUUUCCCCAUCUGCUUCUCUUUAUCCAGUUAAUGGAGUUAUUUUAUUUUGGUUAUCCGCAGCUUCUGUGUUUUCUGCCCUCUCUUCCCAUUAACAUCCAUGUUCUAGUAAAGUAUAAAUGUGGACUAUUCUAAUGUUAUCCAGUUUUUCGCUAUAUCAUGAAACAAUUUCAAGAUCUUAAUCAAAGGUCAAAGGUACUGAAACUAAAUAGUGGUCAUUAUGUAUCCUGUGUAUUUAUUGAUACAGUAUGUGAAAAACACAAUUAAAUGGCACAUUCCAAGAAAAA